AAAAUGAUCAACGGAAAAUUGAUAAAAUUGUUAUACACAGAUCCGGAUAAUCGAAAGUUUAGCCUGUUUUUGUGUUUCAAUUUGUGCAAUUAUUACUUUAUUUUUAAUUUAUGCCAUUUCUGUCACCAGAUCGUUAGUUAUAACUGGGUUAACGUGGAUAUCAGUAUUUUCAUUUUUUGCUGCUUUUUCGGCAAUUAUUUCAUUUUUGUAUUUACUUAUGGGUAUGUCAGAGCCCCAGUUUUGGCAGUUUUUUCAACAACCGUGUUAGCUCAACUUUCUGCAGUUUUUCUUACAAAAGAAGCUGUUGAACGAUUUUUUGAUGGAGGUCAACACCAUCAUAGUCAUCAUGGAGGGGAAGCAGCAAUUAUACAAGAAGGCGAUAUUGAGAAAUCUGGGUAUUUAUUUUACCCAUCUAUUCUUGCUAGUGCUAUUUCACUUUUAACUGUUGCAUAUGCUCUAAACGAUCAACCAUUCUCUUAUGUUUUGAAACACGCCCAUUCUUCUAUUAUACAGGAACAUGCUUCAGAUAUAUCUUCGGCUCUUUGUUAUUUUGUUCCAGGCUUGGCACGCCUUCUCCUCCCCAGAAUUAAUUCUCUUUCUCUUCUUUCAUUAUUUUCUUCUGUUUGUGCUAUUUUUGUCCAUUGGUUUCGUUCAGAAUUUUAUUGGGUAGAUUCUGCUGCCGCUUUAACUCUUUCAAUUGUUGUUUUCUCAUCGCUUAUGCCUUUGUCAACUUUUACUGGGAAAAUUCUAUUGCAAACAACACCUCCACAUGUUCAGAAUCAAAUUGAUAGGCUUAUUUCUGAGGCUUCAACAGUUGACGGAGUUUUAGAAUUAAUUAAUGCUCACUUUUGGCAACUUGAUUUUAGCACAAUUGCUGGUUCUGUUGAUGUUCGUGUUAGAAGAGAUGCAGAUGAACAAGCAGUCCUUAGAACAAUUCAUAAUAAACUUAGUUCUGUUGUUAACAAUUGCACCGUUCAGAUUCUAAAAGAUCCAACUUCCACCUGGGCAUCUCAAAAACAACAUUUACACAACUCUCCAGCUCCAAUUCAUAACCACCACGAGUCUGCUUCUCAUGGUCAUUCUCAUGACCACUCUAACAAUCAUUCUCAUGGUCAUUCCCAUAAUCAUUCUCAUGAACACCAUCAUCAUUGA